UGAUAUAGAUCAGCAACUGGUGUAGUUAAGCCCCCCAAAAAAAGAGACCAUUUCACAAAUCAUAAAAGCAAAACUUUUAUAGAAAUUCUUUUGAGAAAAUCCUUAUUUUCUUUUAGAAAUCGCAGCUGUCUGCAAAUAAUUUUAAAAUAUGACAUUUAAAAUGUUAAACAAAUUUUUGAAAGGUGAACCUCCGCCCAACAGAGCCUGAUUUCCUUAAUUAAAAAUUCAAUCUUGAUGCUCUGACGUAGAUGAACCAGUCCCGUUCUUGUUUUCUUCGACGAAAUGCUGCCCUGAGAUCGAAGAAAUUCAACCUCGAUUGCUCGGAGGGCGAACUUAUUCUUCAUCCUUUCCUUGUCGUUUUCGAGGAACCAGAUUUAUAUACUUCUUCCUAAUUAUGUGCAUAUGUCUUUGCUUGUUUGGGUUACUCUGUUUUUGGCAUAUCAGUUGUUCCCCGAUGAAGCAAAGGGUUAUUUAAUAUGUUAAUCCUCUUGUCUCUAUAGUUUUUUUGGGUUUGAUGGAAAUAAAAACAUCUGGGCAUCUGAUCUUGAUGCAAAAGUUCUUCUUUUUCGGCUUACUUGACAACUAAAGCCCAUUUAUUGGGAAGUUUUCAUGUUUGUAUUGCAGUUGUGGGAAGUUCUUUCCUUAUUUCAUUAUUUUUGCCUUUUUUAUUUUAUUUUUUGCAGGUUUCGUUUCUUUUUGUGUUUGGGGCUUUUUGAUUUAGGUUUUUAGCAACUACUCGUUGCUUUUAGAUGGAAGAGAUCUGUUUCUCUUACUUUACUGAAGAAGAAACUGAAAUCUUUGAGCUUUUGGUGUUGGUUUGCAAAGUUUGUUCUUGAUGUAUGUUUGCUGGAUUACUUUUUGUUGAUCUGGCUGGUUAAAGUUUCUGCAAGAUGGGUCCUUCUUUAGAAACAGUUAAUGGGGUUGUGGAAGAGAUCAUGAGAAUUCACAGGUCUCUUCCAGCGAGACCCAGUGUAGAUGAGGUAGAAGCUGCAACAGUCUUGAUUGAUAAUGUAGAGAGGGAGGAGCAAAUCCAUGUCGACGCCAUCUCUAAGCAGAAGAAGGCCUCUGAUAUCCCUGAUGAGCUCUUCUUCAUUCUCCGAGAGAUGCAGAAAAAUUCAGUAUCGUUUCAGUGCAAAGAGCAGAAGAGGGAAGCUUUUCAAUUACUUGACCUUUAUAAUAUUCAUAUCCUGUUUGAUGAAAUGAUUCAAACGGCUUCCGCAUGUCUUCCUUUGGCAAGCAAUGGCUCUGUUUCUUCGAUCUCAAUGCCUUCAAGUUCUAUGAGUUCAAUCAGGAGUAGUACUUCUGAUUCGAAAGGUAGUUUCAGCUCUUUCAUUCCUUUUAAUGGUUCUGAUAAAGAGCUUGCAAGGACUUCUGAACGGAUUACCAGGGAUGACAGUUACGUUAAGAAAGCAAAGUCUGCUGUGAAUGAGGAUGGGUAUGGUGGUGACUUAAAUCUCCACCGAGGGUUGUUGAACUCUGUCCCAACUAGCCGGUCUGCAUCGAUCUCCGAAGAAGAUACCGGAAAGUUGAGCCUCAUUAAGUUAGCUAGCUUGAUUGAAACCUUUGCGAAGAAUGGCACCCGGAACCUUAACCUUAAGAACAAGCUGAUGGAUCAAGUUGUCUGGAUUCCUGAUUCGAUAGGUAAGUUAUUUGGCCUGGAGACCCUUGAUCUAUCAGAAAAUCGGCUGGUUGCGUUUCCUACCACAGUAAGUGGACUUACUUCUUUAACAAAAUUAGAUCUCCAUUCCAAUAAGAUUGCUGAACUUCCGGACAGCAUAGGGGAUCUCAUCAGUCUCCUUUAUCUUAAUCUCUUUGGGAACCAACUGACAUCAUUGCCAACUACCAUUGGCAAAUUACAACGCCUUCAAGAACUUGAUUUGAGUUCAAAUCGGCUUUUGAAUCUGCCAGAUGCAAUUGGAGAUCUUGUAAACUUGAAGAAAUUGAAUGUUGAGACAAAUAAUCUGGAAGAAUUUCCUUAUACCAUCGGCAACUGUAUUUCUCUAGAGGAGCUUCGAGCUGAUUAUAAUCGUAUAAAGGCUCUUCCAGAAGCAAUUGGAAAACUUGAGUCCUUGCAGGUUCUAACGGUUCGUUAUAACAAUAUAAGCAGACUUCCAACCACAAUGGCUUCUCUGACAAAAUUGAUGGAGGUUGAUGCCAGUUUUAAUGAGCUUGAAUCCAUCCCAGAGAGCUUAUGUCUUGUCACUUCGCUAACCAAGCUGAAUAUAGGAAAUAAUUUUGCCAAUCUUUUAUCUCUGCCUCGUUCCAUUGGUAAUCUUGAGAUGCUUGAAGAGUUGGAUGUCAGCAAUAAUCAGAUUAGGGUCCUCCCAGACUCUUUUGGAAAUCUGUCUCAGCUUCGUCUGCUUCAUGCUGAGGAGAAUCCAUUAGAGGUACCUCCACGGCAAAUAGCUGAGAAGGGAGCACAGGCUGCUGUCAAAUACAUGGCUGAACUUGUUACAGAGAGGUGUGAAACAUCACAAGAAACUAAAACUAAAAACAUCUGGACAGAUUGUUGCUUUUUCUCAUCACCUGCUAAGAUAAAGAGUGAUGGUGGUGACUACACAACUCGAUAUUCUGUAGCAUAGGUGUGAACUUUAGGAUUUGUGUACAUUGUCAUUUAUAAAUAACAAUGUGUUAGAUAAAGUGCCAUUCAUGCAUCAUUUAAUUUCUAAGUUCUAUUGUUUAUCAUAUUGCAGGAACUGUGUUCACCCUUCAUUAAGUUUAUUGAGAGAUGGAGAUGCAACAUUUACUUUCUUGGCAGCUUCAUAAAUAAUUACCCAGGAAUGUGUUUUUCAUUUUUUCUUUGGCACUUCUAUAUCAAUCUACAUUUAAUACAAAAUAGCUUCUGCAACAAGGCAAAAGAGGGCAUCUGUAUUCCAUACUUCUCAUUUUUCAUA